GGCCUUACGUCACCGGAAACAGGAAGUGGACGAAUGAACCGUCGCUAUGUAACAUCAACUUGUGGGUAACCUGCUGUAGCACACCUCCAUGCAGCUGGGACGAGAUGCCCCACAUCUGCCCUAACAUGCGACGGGUCGGCUUCUCCCUCCUCCGCCACCACAUCUCCUUUCCUCCCUCCUCGCCCACUGUCCACUCGGGCACCAGGGCGUGCUGUCUCCGCUUGGGGGUCUUCGCCCGUCACCGGAGCUCCGUCGCGGGUCACAGCUGGCAGCGCGAGAGCCACGUGACCUCGGCCCUCGGGUCGCACGCGCCGGACCUGACCGGGCCCGAGCAGAGGCUGCUGAGCAAACUGUACGGAGGGCUGAUCGGAGGUCAGCGGGCGUCCCUGGCCGAGUCUAUCACGUUGGUGGAGACCCAGCACGCCAGGAAGAAGGAGCUGGCCCAGGUGCUGCUGCAGAGGGUGCUGGCCUACAGGAGGGAGCAGGAGAGUCGUAAUGGAGGGAAGCCGGUGGCUUUCAGAGUGGGGCUGUCCGGUCCCCCGGGAGCAGGGAAGUCGACCUUCAUCGAGGUGGUGGGGAAGAUGUUGACGGGACGCGGGCAUAAGGUGUCAGUGCUCGCCGUUGACCCGUCUUCCUGCACUACAGGAGGGUCUCUGAUGGGCGACAAGACUCGUAUGACUGAACUCUCCAGGGACAUGAGCGCUUUCAUCAGGCCUUCGCCGGCCUCAGGAACACUCGGUGGAGUCACCAGAACAACCAAUGAGGCCAUUGUCCUCUGUGAAGGAGCGGGAUAUGACAUUGUCCUGGUGGAGACCGUAGGUGUGGGCCAGUCAGAGUUUGCCGUGGCCGACAUGGUCGACAUGUUUGUGCUGCUGAUCCCGCCAGCAGGGGGCGAUGAACUCCAGGGUAUCAAGAGAGGCAUCAUCGAGCGGGCCGACUUGGUGGUGGUGACGAAGUCGGAUGGAGACCUGCUGGUGCCGGCCCGGAGAAUCCAGGCUGAAUACACCAGCGCACUCAAGCUGCUCCGGAGACAGUCCAAGUCCUGGAACCCUGAGGUGGUGCGCGCCUCCUCCCACACCAGCGAGGGCGUUCCGGAGGUCUGGGCGAAGAUGGAGUCGUACCGGGACGCCAUGUUGGCGUGCGGUGAACUGCAGGGCCGGAGGCGGGCCCAGCAGAAGGUUUGGAUGUGGAGUUUGAUCCAGGAGAACGCCCUCCUCCAUUUCCAGAAUCACCCCGGCGUCAGGGAGGCUUUACCCCACCUGGAGGAGAGGGUCACCAAAGGGGCCAUCUCCCCGGGCCUCGCCGCCGACCUGCUUCUCAAGGCCUUCUCGUCUCCAUCGCCGUAGUAACCGGUGGGAAGGCUCUGUUGGAGAGGGACGGAUGCCUGGUCGGGACGGACUGAGGAUGCGUGACCUCGGCUCUGGUUUGCACAACAACAAUAACAACAACAACAACAAGCAGCCUUGCUUUUCUCACACUUCAUGUGAAAUUGAAGAACACCUCAGACUGAAGAACCCACUCACCCCCACCCACGGCCCCCCUCCCCAGAAACGUUUGUUGCAGUUCCAACCGCCUGGUAAUCUGAGGCAGGUUACUGGGUUUGUCCCCCAUGACAAAGACACCACAGACCAACGUUUUGGUAAGAUUAGUGACAUGCGUGUGGCGUGUUUGCACAAAACCCUUCACCUUAACGAACGGGGUCAUUACACAAUCAUUAUGGUGGCCUGCAGUGAUUUUAUUUUAAAUGAUACUUUGCUCAGCCUCCUCGUGCAGUGGUCAGCAACGCACACUAUUAGUCAUUUGUAAGAGAUGAUCAGGCUCAGAGAACUGGGAUUUGUUAUCAGUGUUUCCCUUAAUGAGCUCCGGCGACUGACCUGCCAAAUGGUUUUAUUCAUAAUCUGUGUUCCUGAGUUGAAUAUUGUAAUAAAAGAAUGAUGUGAGUCCUAAAUGGAUAAGAGGGUAACAUUAAAUAUGUCGGUACAGUUGUCA